CUCACUCGCGAACGACGAACUCUCUCUCUCUAUCCGAAGCUCCCUCUGCGGACUUCGUAAUUCAGCACGCAACUUCUUUGCGAAAGUUUUGGUUUCCGGAAGCUUCUUGUGGUAGAGUUCGCGGUUAUUUGCCACAACUUACAUCGGCCGAAAUUUGGGAUAUCGUGCGCGUUGAAGAUAGUUUUUAAAUCUCUGGGUGACGACGAUGCUAAAGCGGAAUGACGAGCUACAACUUGCAAGGGAUGAUGGACCAUGAACGUUCCAGCGGCAAAUAGUCGAAGUUAAUUGAACCGAGCAACCAUGCAUACACCACAAACUUUUAGCGGUAAUUCGAUUUGCCCCCAUCUGGUCUAUAUUCUGCUAUUACUACAGUGUAAUGAUGCAGUAUUAGGCUUUGAGCCCGACUUUAAGUUCCCUUUGGAGAACUUGACAGUCCCUCAAGGCAGGGACGCGAUGUUUACCUGUGUGGUAAACAAUUUGGGAGGAUACAGGGUGAGUGGGGAUUCGUCCAUGGCAAGGGGGAUGGGAUUGGCACCAACUGGGGUCGCCUGGAUUAAGGCGGAUACCAAAGCCAUAUUAGCGAUACACGAUAGCGUAAUAACAAAUAAUGCAAGAUUAUCUGUUACGCAUAACGAUUAUAACACAUGGACUCUCAGUAUUAGGGGUGUGAAAAGGGAGGAUAGGGGGAAGUAUAUGUGCCAAGUAAAUACUGACCCCAUGAAAAUGCAGACUGCCUUUUUAGAGGUAGUAAUACCCCCUGAUAUAAUCUCGGAAGAAACCUCAGGUGACAUGAUGGUACCUGAGGGUGGUUCAGCAAAAUUAGUGUGUAAAGCCAGAGGAUACCCACAACCGAAAAUUAUUUGGAGAAGGGAGGAUAGUGGAACAAUCCUGGCAAGAGGAAACAGCUCCUCGAAAAAGGAGAGGGUGACCUCAUUAGAAGGAGAGGUGCUCUCCUUGACUAAGGUUACUCGAUCUGAAAUGGGGGCUUACCUAUGUAUUGCUGCUAAUGGGGUGCCUCCUUCUGUUAGUAAAAGAAUGAUGCUGCACGUCCACUUUCAUCCCCUUAUUCAAGUGCCAAAUCAGUUGGUCGGAGCACCAGUAAAUACCGAUGUAACACUUCAGUGUCACGUAGAGGCAUCUCCUAAGGCAAUUAAUUAUUGGACACGUGAAAGCGGUGAAAUGAUCGCAUCCAACGACAAAUACCUAAUAUCCGAAAUUAGCAAUUCAUACUACAGCGUGCACAUGAAACUCACAAUUAAAAGCAUUCAAAAGUCUGAUAUAGGAGGCUACAAGUGCAUCUCCAAGAACUCUAUUGGUGACGCAGAAGGCAAUAUACGAUUGUAUGAGAUGGAACUUCAAAAAGAAGAAGACCUAGACGAGUACACUCAACCAGAACUAAACGAAGACUUGGAAAAUUCAGAAAAACGCCUAUACAACGACUUCCAGGGCCCCCCAGUAAAAGAAGAAGAUCAAUUAGAUUUAAAUGUGACGGAGUCAAGAGCUUGUGCGGUAUUAAUUUCGAAACUCUUUUUAAUAUUUGUGUUUUCGAUCUUCUUAUUGAUAUAAGCGGAGACUUUGUGUAAAAAAAGUGAUAUGUGCCAAAUAUAUGUGCUUCGCUCUGUAAGUUAUUGUCUUUAAGUGCUGCUCGAAAUUCGAUCGGAAAAAAUUAAGAAAUUAAUCUUGGCCACAUAUCAUCAGUAAGUAAUCACGUAACUAAUUUGUUUUAAGGUUUAUUUUAUGAAGACUGCUCAUAAUAGGCUAAUGAUAUAUCAAAUGUAAUGCUACUAAAUCUUCUUUAGCGAAAGGAGUUUUAUGAGAAAAACAGUGGUGAAUGUGCAUGUAAAUAUUAGCCAAAGAAUGCCGUUAUCAACAGUUUUAGUAAAUUAGUUAAUAAUUUGUUAUUUUUUUGCAUAUUUUUAGCUAAAAAUUAAAAAAAGACACUAAAUCAAUUAAAUAGAUAUUUAUGCGUUGCUACAAAUUGUUGCUCUAAGCGUUUUGUUUGUUAUUGUUAGAGGGUUAAAGCAUUAUUCCGUGUUUUUGGUGUAUUUCCCAUUUAUAACACUGUGGGCCAAAUUAGAAUGGACAAACAUUUAUUAUUUAUACCUUUUUAUGUACUUGUUGAUUAAUGUAAUGCUUGUUCUAUUUAUGUCACGAGAUGCGUUUAAAUAUUUUAUCGUUUUACGGGAUUCGGAUUAAGACAAUGAUGUUAUGCUUUACGUCGCACUAUAGUUUUUCUGACUACAUGUGAAAAAUGGCGUGGGAACUUUAACGGAGCUGAAGUGAGUAAAAAUCUGACAAAAAAAUCCGAUAUUUAAAAAAAAUUAUAUUUAUUUAAAAAUUUAAUUUACAUAAUAAAUCUGUUAAGUCCGGUCCUGAUGACGCAACUUCUUGCAGCGAUAUUCUACUUUAACAUUAAACUAUAGUUUAUCUUAGUAAAUGACGCUAAAACUACGUUCAAAAAAUUAAAAUCAGUAUUUAAACCUGAACGGAGCAAAAGCGGGUAAAACUAUGGCAAAAAACUUUUCACCUAAAAAUUUAAUUUAUGAUAUUCAAGAAAAAUAACGUGACGUACUUUGCGAUAAUUAAUCUGUUAUAGCUUUUGUAGAUGGUGCGAUUGCGAUAUAUCGCGUCGCAUUGCAUAAGGUUUUCACACAGUGCGUUCAAAUUUGGUUUGCAGCGAUAAAAAAUAAAAAAAACUAGUCGUUUGGCACAGUAUUUGACCGCCAACCGUUUUGUGCGAUAUAAUACCAUCAAUAACGUAACUAUAAAUGUGAAAAUUGUAAAUAGCAUUUCAUAUAUUUUGAUGGUUUUGCGACAUACCGCGAGCAGAAUAUCGCAGCACAAUCGCACCAUCUGCAGAAUUCCCUAAGUCCAUUCGUGGCGACGCAAUAUUUUAGGGCGAUUUCGGAGUUGACGCGAUAUUAUAACUAUAUUCAAAAAUUGACAUUUGAUAUUCAUGAAUAUCGGUUAUUUGACUCUUAUUUACUGAAAAGAUUAUAUAAUUUUUAUGUGACGUAUGGCACGAUAAUAAAUCUGUUAAGUCCGUUCCUGGCCACGCAACUUCUCGCGUCAAUUUUCUCGCGAUAAGUUGCGUCGCGUCAGUUAAUAUGCGAUUAUAUUGCUUUGGCUCCUUUUGUUUUUAUGUAGAAUAUUUUACUGACUGUUUUAUUAUUAGGUAAGUCAUGUUUUGAAAUGUUUUACUUUUACUGGAAAAAUGUCUAUAUAUACAUAAUAUGAUAUAUUUAAGCAAAAUAAAAUUAUUUUAAAUCA